AUGGUUGCAUCUGAAUACUCAAAUGACUUAAGACGCGAUCCAGGUUUGUCUAACGAUGAAGACCGCCAUAAGGGCCUCGGAACGUCAAAAGGUCUCUUAAACCGCCUUGAUGAAGAAAAGAUAACCUGUCGUUGUGGAGCAAAACAGCAAAUUGAUCACAUGAAACGUGAACUCCAUCGGAAGAUCCGUUCACUGGAAAGAGAGCGUACGAGUCUGCAAAAGAAAGAGGAAUACUUGAAUUUGAAACAAAGGAAGCUGGCUGAAGAUAGUAAGGAACAUAUGCGUCAGCAAGAAGAGCUCGACUCAUACAAAUUAUAUCUUCAAGAAAGACACAAUAAUAUGUGUAGGAUGUACCAAAAAUGCGAAUCCGACCAAUCAGACAUACUAGAAAAGAUGAAUGAGUGUAUAUUACUAAAAGAGGAGUGUAAGAAAAAACUAAUGGAAUAUGAAACUGCUCUUAAGGAGAUAAAAGAAAGAGAAAUUGUAGUAUCUGAAAAAAUGAGUGCAUUAGCCGCACGAAAAGAAGAGUUAGGGCGUCUAGAAGCUCGCAUGCUACAAGAAAGUGAGCGCAUAAAAUAUGAAAGUGAACAGCUCGUUAUUGCUAGAGAAAAGUCUAAUCAUGAUCUACGUUUACACAACCAAAAGGUUCUCCAGGAAACAGAUCUGCUAGAAGCAAAGAGAGGUAGAAUAAUGGAAAUGGAUACUCAACUUCAGAGAGAGAAAGAAAGGUUUGAAGAAUUUGUAAGAAAGAAAAAGUUGGAAAUCGAAAAAAAACUAAGGGAUGCGACUGAAGCUGCAGAAUGCAAUGCUGAGAUCGCAGAUGAUUUGAAAAGGCGAGAAGAAGCACUAAGAAAGGAAAAGGAAAAUAUCAAUGAAGAAUGGCAUGCAAUAAAGGAAGCUCUUAGAGAACUUGAUGAUGCUAAUAUUCAAGCACGCAGUAUUAAGAGAGAUCUAAAAAUAAGACGCCAAGAAUCAUUUAGGAAUAUUCCUGCGCAGUCCACAAUUCCUAUUGCUCCACAAGGUGUCGAUGCUAGAGAAUACAGUAGGGAUUAUAAUUCUAUACUCAUUGAAAUUAAGAAACUCAGACAACUGGAAGUCGAAAUACAAGAGAAAAGCAAACAAAUCGAAAAGUCUGAAGAAGAACUGCGAUUGGGACAAAUUAAGCUGAAUGAGUUUGCAUCUAAUCUAAAUAAAAGAGAAAUGAAUAUUCAAAAAAGGGAGAUUGAACUCGAAAAACUAGCUAGUACACUUGAUAAAAGAAAAUCAGAGCUAGAACAAUUACAACGCGAUCUUAAUAGCAAACAAGAGAAAUAUAGGCAAUUAGAAAUACAGAUUAACGAAUAUAAAGAACAAAUGGCGCUGCUGUCUAUAGAAAAAAACAGUCUAGAGGGACAAAUGGAGCAAUUUAAUGCGAAAAAGACCACAAAAGAACAAGAACUUAGCGCUAUACAACAAAGAUUGGAAAGGAAAGAACGUGAGAUUAAUGAUAAAUUCAACCAACUGAGAAAUCACAAAGACCAUAUCAACAUGCAAGAUAAACUCCACUCUAUUAAGAAUAUCCCAAACUCUAAUAACAAGGUCUUCUCUAUCGCAACUAACAAAAGAAAUAAAAUGAACCACUUUGCAGAUGAUUUAUUUUAA